AUGUCUAUAGCUAAUUUCAUCAAGAUUGAAUGUCGUGGCUGCCAUGUAGAAGAAACCAUGUACGGAGGCUACUACUGCAAUGAAAUUGUUUGUAGUGGCAGUGGCAUUGGCGUGUGGUUCCAUAAGAAAUGCGCCGACGAAGCCUCGUCGGAGAUCAACCACCUUUCCCACCCCCAACAUCCUCUGCUGCUCACCAACGACUUGGGAGGUGGUCCAUGUGCUUUGUGUGGAACAAAGCUGCUGGGCCCAUGUUAUAGUUGCUCCACAUGUGAAUUCAAGGUGGAUUUGAUCUGUGGAACGAAACCACCACCGUCUGCUAUUGACCAUCCUGUGUGUCAUGACCAUCCACUUGUCUUCUUGAAGAAAAAAGAAGGCGACAAGGAGAAGAAGGAGGAGAAGUCUCCUUGUGAAGUGUGCAAGGAGUCUAUCUGUGGACCAUCCUUUUCAUGUCUUGAGUGCAACGCGUUCUUCCACGUGGAGUGCGUCAGUCUUUCGAAAGAGCACAUGCCUUGUUUGCACCAGAAACCCACCUCCUCUUGUGAUUAA